UGACGAGGACUGGGCUAUGAGAUAAUCAGAUGGAUCUGGGAGUUCAUGUCAUAAUCGCCUUGCAUAAUAAAACGGAAGGUCAGGCUGCAGUGAAGAAGAUUUGUGAGGAGAACAGUGACGCUCAGCCUGCUGUUAUGCUGGUUCCUGAAGGUCGAACUGAAGACGGGCUUGAGACUCAUUUUGCCACUAAUUAUCUAGGCCACUUUCUGCUGACCCGCCUUCUUCUGGACAGCUUGGCGCAUUCUGGGAAGGAUGGCUCAUGCUCGAGUGUCGUCAGUGUCUCGUCCUCCGCACACUUCGCCGCUGACGCCCGUCUGCAGGAUCUUCUCAGCAUACUCCGGCUGACUCCGGCUGACUGUGGCUCCUCCGGAUCUGGAAGGAGUCGGUGGAGGUUACGUGUAUGAAGGUCCUCAGCAGCGUCUUACGAUGAAGAUCUUCAGGCUGGACUCGAUCUGCUGGGCCUCCAGGACUCGGAGCGCCUUCACUCACAUCAGCAGAACUGAAGAAUGAACGACUGACAAUCUCACACCGGAGAACUGUGCGGAGUCGCGUCGCUCCUGUCCCGCUAUUUAUGGUUCUUCUGAAGGGCUCGGCGCUGUUGGAGGAUCACUGUGAACGUCCUUCCCCCAAAAAAGUUCCUUUUCCUGAUCUGUAAGCGCUGCUGUACUUCACACUGCGUUUCUUUGGGCUCCUGAUCUGUGUUAUUAACCAAUAACACAUGCUCGUUUUACCUUCUUAAAAGUCAACACGACAGACUCAUUCCCUUAUAUCCGUGCUCUUCCCUUAUA